UUUACGAUUCUUUUAGGUCACAGCGGUUUAUUUUGGUCCUGAGCAGUGGUGUAUAUACGUGUGCGUGCCAUGACAGCGAUCAGAUUGAGCUUGUGUACAAUCUCGAGGACCUGGAGACACAACUGUCAGUCUGUCCAGAGCUUCCGAUGGUGGACCUGUCGCUCAUAUUCCUCCGUCUCAGGACAUAUUAAUAAUAAUAAUAGUAAACAAAAUAAUCGCCAGCAAAAACACAUGAGGGUCAUGGAGGAGAUGCUGCGGAGGACCGUGACUCCGUUACCUAAUUAUGAGACGAGAGAGAAAUCGCCUCCACCCCCAGACUCGAACAUUCUGGAUUUCAUGCACUUCUACAGAAACCUAGACAUGGAGCAGAGACUCGCGUUUCUUGAAAUACUUUCCAGGGAGUAUGGAGUGGAUCACAGAGGAGCUUCGGAAAUGGCCCGGAAACUGGUCGACACGCAGAUACGAGACUUGGCUACUAUACUGCAGGCGGAGGACAGACUGCGAUACAGUUUAACCCCGAGAUACAGACAUUUACUGAACCACAUCAGCAGGGCGGAAGGAGGGGUGAAGUUCCUGGUGGACCUUCGAUCUGAUGUUCUUGAGUUUACUUCUAAAGUUACUGACAGCCCGCACCUGAGGGACCUCAACAGCACUUUAAAGGGCCUCCUGUCUGAGUGGUUCUCGGUUGGGCUUCUCCAGUUAGAAAGAAUCACAUGGAAGUCCCCUUGUGAGCUCCUUCAGAAGAUCAGCCAGUAUGAAGCGGUUCACCCAGUGCGUAACUGGACAGACAUAAAGCGCAGAGUCGGGCCUUACAGACGCUGCUACUCCUUCACACAUGCCUCCAUGCCUGGAGAACCUCUGGUGGUCUUACAUGUGGCUCUAACAAAGGACAUAUCGGAUAACAUCCAGAGUAUUGUGAGAGAGUUCACCACAUUGGAUGCAGUAGAAGACGUGGAGAAGAUCAGCACUGCCAUCUUCUAUUCCAUCUCCUCCACCCAGGCUGGUCUGCAGGGUGUGGAGCUCGGCAAUUACCUCAUCAAGAGGGUGGUGCGAGAGAUGCAGAGUGAAUUUCCACACAUGACUCAGUUCUCCAGCCUGUCGCCCAUCCCUGGCUUUACAUCAUGGCUGCAAGGUUUCCUGGCCCAGUACAGGAAGGAAGGUCAUAUCUCCGAGCUGCUCUCUGAGCACGAGUUGACUGAAGUGGAGGAGGCGACAGGAGCGGUUUCCGGUGUUGCUGCGGUCGAUGCACUGCGUACCCUCCUUGCCUCUGGAGAUUGGCUUCGCUCUGAACGCUUGACCCGCGCUAUGGAGCCGGUCCUGAUGCGCUUGUGUGCCUGGUAUCUCUACGGAGAGAAGAGGCGCGGCUAUGCGCUCAAUCCGGUCGCCAAUUUCCACCUCCAGAAUGGUGCCACCCUCUGGAGGCUCAACUGGCAUGCCGACACUAGCCCCAGAGGCAUCGCUAACUCGUGCGGCAUCAUGGUCAACUACCGUUACUUCCUGCAAGAGACUGGCAUUAACGGCAGAGCCUACUUGCACAACAAAGUCAUCAAGGCAUCGGAUCAAGUGCUCAGCCUUGUCACACAGUUCCAGAAGAAUAGCAAACUGUGAACAAAUCUGAACAAUGCAAGACUGAAGCAGACUGAAGAGGUUUGAAAUCCUCUCGUAAAUCUGUUUAAAAAUGCACUUAAGGGGACGUUCUAAUUUCAAAGUCCACUGUUGUUUGGGUGUUGGCAAGGCCUAUUUCUCCUAUGUGAGCCAUCUUACUCUGUUCAGUGCUAUACAUGCCAUGUGAGAGGCCGUUUAAGCAAAAGAGGAAGACCUAUGCAACUUUGUUCUGGCAGACAUCUGUGUUAAAUUGCAGAAAGAAAUAACAUGACUGGAAACUUGAAAUGAGGCUAAACUGUAUAUUCUAAAUUACUGAAUUCAUCAAGUCAGACAUUAGGAACAAGUGUGGGGUAUAAAGAGUAAAUUCAUAAACAAGUGUCUGGCAAACUUCAUUGUUUUAACUAACUCUAUCACUAGUCUAGCUGCUUGUGCUAUUUGUAAAACAUGCCGUAUGGAGACGCUGGCCGGACACGUGUAUCAGGGUCUUGCUGUCAUUAAAGAAAAACUCCACCAUAAAACACAUUCAAUAUUUCAA